AUGACUGGAACAAAUACAACCAAUAACAUAUCUUUCGAAUUGACCAAAUUGGGUACAGCCAUUAAUAUGUCUUUUAAACUGACUGAAAUAGGUUUAACCAGUAAUUUGUCGUGUAUAUUAACUGAAUUAAAUGCAAGCGAAAUGCCUGUUGAGAUGACCGAAAUAAAAUUUGUUGCAAAAGAAACAGCUGACGAUGUGUUACAACUUUCUGAAACUGCAAGAGAGCAUCAAAACUGCCUAGCUAGAGAGCGUUAUGUGCUAAAAAUGGCACAAAAUGUUAGAAAGUCAGCAGUUGAAAACAUAGAAAGUACAUGUGAUCAUAAAAAUCAGCUAAAAAGAGAAGCAUAUGCGUAG